AUGCAGGUUGCUGAAAAUACGCGGUUUUGGUUGUCAAUUGCAUUGCAAGUCAGCGCACUAACUGCUAUUCUCGGGUAUCUCGACUCGCCGUUACCGUUCUGCUACAGACAGAGUCUAAGGGAUCCCUCCAAAAUAUGCUUCACACCGAACUCUACCACAUGUUACGAGUGGACGAAUAAACGUGUGCAUUGGAUUGAACAGGGUCUUUCCUAUAGGUCAACCGAUAGAAUAUGCACGUCACAGAUGAUAUGGCUGAUGAAAGCGUUAAUCUAUGCGGAAUGCACGGUAGUAGCCCUUCAGAUAGCGUCCAGACGUCGGAAUUCUGGUAUAACACCAAACGGGGUCGCAUUCGCCUACUUCACCUCUGUUGGUGAGUUCGAGCGGAACCAUAUCGAUUCUUCUGUUGAACUCGUAUAUGAAGAGCGAUUGGCGACAAUACUGGCGAACAGCUAA